AUGAAUCAGGAUGUACGAUUUCUUCCAGAGGCAAUAUAUGUUAGUUCUUUAAAAAAAACCCGGUGUCUUCGCAUUGACAGAUCAAAUGGCUCCCUUGAUUUAAAUCAAAUUGAGGAAUUGCUUGAAAUACCACCUCAGUUCAGCAACGUUCAGCUGUAUGGGAUCAUUCGUCUUAAGUUGUUUAAAUACAUAAUAUUAAUUACCAAAUGUGAACAUAAUACUACAUUCUUGGGGAACAACAUCUUCCGUGCAAAAAGUUUUGCUAUCCUUCCAAUUGCGAAGACAAUCUCAACUCCUUUAGAGCCACAAAUGGUACAAGAUGAAGAAGAGCGGUACUAUUUAUAUCUUCUAAAGCGACAUCUUUACCAUGGACAGAUCCUGUUUAGUCCUUCAAUGGAUUUGACCAACUCUUUACAGCGUUCUCAUAACGUUUCUUUAGGUUCUCAUAAAAGGUUUACAUCAAACUUUCGCUUUUUUUGGAAUAAGUACACGAACGAAGAGUUGCUGUCUUUGGCAAUGAACAAUCCCCAGUAUUUGGGGUACGUCCAGCCCAUGAUUCAGGGAAACAUAUCUUCUACCAAUUUGUUUGUCAAAACACAUCAUGUUCAGCUGCAUAUCAUUACUCGGCACGCAACAGAUCAUUCUGGAACAAGAUACUUUUCUAGAGGAGUUGACGAAAAUGGAAAAGUUGCAAACUUUAAUGAGACAGAACAGGUUUUGUUGAUUGAUUCUACUCUGAUGCCCGAAGAACGAAUCCUUCUUUCGUAUACUCAAAUUAGAGGAAGCAUACCAAUGUUUUGGGCCGAAAUUAAUGACUUAAGAUACUUACCUCGGCUGGUGGUACAACCUACUACAUAUAGUGAGGCAGCUUUUGAACGGCAUUUCGAAGAUUUAGCUUCCGAUUACCAAAAUGAGAUCGUUGUAGUCAGUUUGUUAGAUCAUAAAGGUCGUGAAGGGGUACUACAGAAGAAUUUUAAAAAGAUUUGCACCGAAUCUCCCAAGCCAGUAAAAUAUUGUGAGUUCGAUUAUCAUUCUCAGGGAAGUUGCAACAUUCCUCAUUUAUUUGCUAAGUUGCAAGACGUUCUGUUAAAAGGAAGCUUUUACUCCGAGUAUGGUUCUCGUGUUGUUUCCGAGCAGCAAAACCUGAUACGCACAAAUUGCAUGGAUUGCUUGGACCGUACAAACGUCGUGCAAGCAGAAACAGCGCUUUUAAUCCUGAAUCUGCAAUUACAAAAAGUAGGAAUCUUAAGCAAUUCUGAGACGAUUGAAGAUUUUCGGGAAUUUGUUCAAGGGUUUCGAAAUGUAUGGGCCAACACAGGAGACUACGUUAGCCAUUUGUACACGUGCACCCCGGCAUUAAAAGGAGAUGUAACUCGUACUGGGAAAAGAACGAUGAAAGGUAUGUAUGAAGACUUCAUUAAUUGUUUAAAGCGAUAUAUGUACAACAACUUCUGCGAUGGUGCUCUUCAAGAUAGCUUUGAUCUGGGUCUGGGUGCCUUUCGACCGAUUUCUUCAGUUUCUUCCUCUCUGAUGUUUCAUCGAAUAUCGUGGGCCCAUUGUAUUCCACCUGCUUUUUCCGCCGUAUCUAUCCUGUGGUUGCUUUUGCAAGGAUUCAUGGGUACUGGUUCUUUGCUAUUUGAGUUGUCCUUGGGCACGUCAGGUUUUCUUUCUUUACUCUAUGUAAUACUUCAUAGAAAAAGCUACAUAAAUUGGCCACGGUUAUUACCUCCAAAAUACGCUAGUACGGGAUGGUUUUCGAUUCGUCACUUGGUGAGAUCUUGGUUUACAAAAGUUUUUCGUUUUCUUCGGUUUGGUUCUUUCAAGAAAAAGGUUUAG